CGCGUGCUCAGUCGGUGCCGCGCGGGCCUCUGAACCUCCGCGGACACCCUAGCAUUUGGCUGCUGCUCUCCUGGCCGCUACCCUUAACCGCAGCUGGUGGGUACGGCAGCUCUUUGGGGACAAAAGUCUUCCCUCGUCGUUGCGCUCUGCUUCGUGUUUCGUGUUUUGAGCAAAUCUGAGAAGGCAGGUAUUCGCGCCUCCACUGAGCUGCUACCAGAGAGGUAGGAGAAGGCUGAGCCUGGCGCGGAGUUCGGGCUGACUGGGCCCUAGGCUCGCGAAACGCCGUCGCUGCCCGGAUGUUGCGAUGGCUGAUCGGGGGAGGCCGAGAACCUCAGGGACUGGCCGAGCAAUCUCCUUUACAGACAAUAGGUGAAGAACAGACCCAGAAUCCCUACACUGAACUGCUUGUACUGAAAGCUCAUCAUGAUAUUGUACGGUUUCUGGUACAGUUAGAUGAUUACAGAUUUGCAUCUGCUGGUGAUGAUGGAAUUGUAGUUGUGUGGAAUGCCCAGACAGGAGAAAAGCUUUUGGAACUCAAUGGACACACUCAAAAGAUAACAGCUAUUAUUACAUUUCCUUCUUUGGAAGCUUGUGAAGAAAAAAAUCAACUGAUCUUGACAGCCUCUGCUGACAGAACAGUUAUUGUAUGGGAUUGUGAUACUGGCAGACAAGUUCAGAAAGUGUCAUGCUUCCAGUCUACUGUAAAGUGUUUAGCUCUUCUUCAGAGACUAGAUGUUUGGCUUUCUGGUGGGAAUGACCUCUGUGUGUGGAACCGAAAAUUAGAUCUCCUGUGUAAGACUAGUCACCUUUCUGAUACAGGGAUCAGUGCUUUAAUUGAAAUACCUAAGAACUGUGUUGUGGCAGCAGUUGGCAAAGAACUGAUAAUUUUCAGGCUGGUAGUACCCACGGAGGGAUCACUAGGAUGGGAUAUUCUUCAAGUUAAGCGCCUCCUUGAUCACCAGGAUAAUAUUCUCUCACUGGUUAAUGUCAAUGAUUUGAGUUUUGUAACUGGCUCCCAUGUUGGAGAGCUCAUCAUCUGGGAUAUCCUGGACUGGACUGUGCAGGCCUGUGAACGCAACUUCUGGGACCCAUCUCCACAGCUGGACACUCAGCAAGAAAUAAAACUGUGUCAAAAGCCAAAUGAUGUUUCUAUUCAUCAUUUCACAUGGGAUGAAGAGAAUGUAUUUGUUGCAGUUGGAAGGGGUUUAUACGUGUAUAACCUUCAAAUGAAGCGUGUGAUUGCCUGCCAGAAAACUGCACAUGACUCCAAUGUCCUGCACGUUGCCAAACUUCCAAACAGGCAGUUAAUCUCAUGCUCAGAAGAUGGCAGUGUACGCAUUUGGGAGUUACGAGAAAAACAGCAGCUUGCAGCUGAACCUGUACCAACAGGUUUUUUUAACAUGUGGGGAUUUGGAAGAGUAAAUAAGCAAGCCAGCCACCCUGUUAAAAAACAACAAGAAAAUGCCACUUCAUGUUCACUAGAGCUUAUUGGAGAUUUAAUUGGACACUCAUCAUCUGUGGAGAUGUUUCUGUACUUUGAAGAUCAUGGACUAGUGACAUGUUCUGCUGAUCAUCUCAUUAUUUUGUGGAAAAAUGGAGAACGAGAAUCUGGAUUGCGCAGCUUAAAGUUAUUUCAAAAAUUAGAGGAGAAUGGUGACUUAUAUCUUGCUGUUUAGUUUAAGGAAUUUGAACACCUGUGCAUGAACAGCAAAUAUAGGGGUAAUACUCUGAAAACCAUUACCAUAUUAAUCACUUAAAUUUUGUAAUAUUUUUUUUCUUUUUACUCCAUAAAAUUCCAAUUGUUUGAAUUUUUUUUUCUGGGGCUGCAAACCAGCAACAAGUUGCUUCUCAGGUAUUAGUACAUUCACAAGUUUUUCAUUUGACUUUUCACAUAACAGUUACCUGAAACCAUUGAAGGAAUGGGUCUAAUUUCAGCAGUGAAUUUUCAGAAAGUGAAGUUUUCAGAGUUCAUCACAUAUACCUGUUGAAGCAGAAUGAAAUUAUACCACACUGUCCUCACAGAGAUAAAUUUUUUAUGCUUUGAAAAAAAUUCUACACCAGAAAUUAUAUGAGCUUAUGUUUAACGAGGAGAAGAGUACUUGGAACCUCUCACUCUCUUUAAUGUAAUUAUAUUGCCUCUAACUAAAUUUUUAUUCAUCACCAGGGAUUAGAUUUUAAAAAUAUUACAUGUAAUUUCUUUCAUUUAGCCUUUUUGGAUUUUGAAAUACCUGACUUUGUUCUCCAAAGUUAGUAUUUUAACUAUACCUGUCAUUCUUUUAAAGAUUUACUUAAGGAGAACUUACUUUUAUGGAAAUAAAUAUACAUGAUCAUUAUAGAUGAUAUUUUGGGAGAAAAAUGAAAAAUCCAGUGAAGAGUAAAUAGGAUGUAGCAUAUCUUGAAUUUAAACCUUGAGAUAUCCAGAAAACUGAUGCCUCCCUGUAGGAAAUGAAGAUUCGUACUUUGUGCUGCUAUUGAAGUGGUGAGUGCUGUGUUUUAAGCUUCUUAAUUUGAACCUAGACCCUGGGAGGAGGUAGAAAUAAAUAGAAAUAACAGUAUUUUUUAUUCUUUGGUUUUCUUUAGAGCCUGUUUGAUGAUUAAGAAUUCUUGUGAUAAAUUUAAAUAUAUCCUUUCUCCUACAAAUCCCCCUGGUCUUUAGUAACUCUCAAUAUUCUAAAUAUGAAGCAAACCUGAAUCUCUCACU